UUGCUCUCCAAAGCUCAAGGAAUGGGCUCUAGCUCAGUUAAGCUCCGUGUUGGAUCUCUCUUCAUGAACGUUGGGAAAUCAGAAAAACAUGAUCCUGAUAUCAGACAGACGCCUCAUGUGAACAUUAAUCCUUUCACUCCUGACUCUCUGUUCCUUCACACUUCAGACGGACAAAGUCGCAGAAGAAAAAGAACAUACUGGAAUGACUCUUGUGGGGAGGACAUGGAAGCAAGUGAUUGUGAGCUUGAGGAUGAAACUAUCAGGCCUGCUAAGAGAAUCACAAUUACUGAAAGUAAUAUGAAGUCACGGUAUGCAACAGAAUUUCAUGAGCUGGAGAAGAUUGGGUCUGGAGAAUUUGGUUCUGUGUUUAAAUGUGUAAAAAGGCUGGAUGGCUGUAUCUACGCUAUAAAACGGUCCAAGAAGCCGUUGGCUGGCUCAGUUGAUGAGCAAAAUGCUUUAAGAGAGGUUUAUGCACAUGCAGUUUUGGGACAGCAUUCUCAUGUAGUGAGAUACUACUCUGCAUGGGCAGAAGAUGAUCACAUGCUUAUACAGAAUGAGUAUUGUAAUGGUGGCAGUUUAGCUGAUGCUAUAAGUGAAAACUAUAGAAAUAUGCGCUACUUUACUGAACCAGAGCUGAAAGAUCUUCUACUUCAGGUAGCUCGUGGCUUAAAAUAUAUUCAUUCAAUGUCUCUAGUACACAUGGAUAUAAAGCCUAGUAAUAUUUUUAUAUCUAGGACAUCAGUUCCAAGUAUGACAUCAGAAGAAGGUGAUGACGACGACUGCUCGUCUGACAGAAUUAUUUUUAAAAUAGGUGACCUUGGUCAUGUAACUAGAAUAUCUAGUCCACAGGUGGAGGAAGGUGAUAGUCGUUUUCUUGCGAAUGAAGUCUUACAAGAGAACUACGCUCACUUGCCAAAAGCUGAUAUUUUCGCUCUUGCUCUAACUGUUGUGUGUGCUGCUGGUGCUGAACCACUUCCAACAAACGGAGACCGGUGGCAUGAAAUUCGACAGGGAAAACUGCCGAAAAUACCACAAGUUCUUUCUCAAGAAUUCUUGGAAUUGCUGAAAGUAAUGAUUAGUCCAGAUCCAGAAAAAAGACCUUCGGCAGUGGCUCUAGUCAAACAUUCUGUUCUGCUGUCUGCUGCCAAAAAGAGUGCAGAGCAGCUGCGGAUAGAACUGAAUGCUGAGAAGUUUAAAAAUUCACUCUUGCAAAAAGAACUGAAGAAGGCACAAAUGGCAAAAGCUGCAGCAGAAGAGAGAGCGUUAUUCACUGAUCGAAUGAAAACUAGAUCUACAUCCCAGAACAGAACAUCUCGACUCAUUGGGAAAAAAAUGAAUCGCUCAGUUAGUCUUACUAUAUACUGAACUAAUCAAUUCCUAAAGAACUGUUGAAGAAAGGCCACAAAAUCUUCCUGGACUGAGUUUUUUUUUCAGGAGCUGAAGGAAGGGUUCAAGUUCUGGCUUCUUGUCCAGUCUUCAAUCAGUGUCUUAUUUUACAGAAAUAGCUUCUAGUUUUUUUAACUGCAAAAUACAGCUGAUGGCUGUAUUAAAAUAUUGAGGUAGUGGACUCUAUCUGGUCUAUUUGAGGACCUUAGUGUUAAUCCAUAGGCUAUUCAGUUACACUGUUAGAUGUUACACCGUCCCAGGGUUAACCACUAUGGUGGUCUGCUGCUUUUUAGUGUUACAGCAUUGUAAUAAAAGGUAUUUUUCUAACAACCUGUAAAAAUUAAAAUGGGGGGUGAGGUGCUUCAUUGUAAAGUAGAGUGUCUCUGUCACAGAGGGAAGAAGUUUGGAGGAAACUGGCUUAAGGCCACCCACACUCAAUAUACCUGAAGUCAGGUAAACUUUUAUUGUGAAUUUUAUUUGUAUAUUCAACUGGGAGCACUUUGUAGGCAUUGCAAAAACCAUGGGACCCCAAGCCUGUGGAAAAGUAUGUGCCAUGUGAAACUGCUGCUAUUAGUUUUUGUCUUUGCUGUAAACAUGUAGCAUUAAAACAAUCAUUGUAGUGUUAAUAGGCUUUCUGUUAAAACAAUUAUGUGGGGGGUGGGAGAAAACCCUAAGCUGCAUUUAGUGAAAGCAGCAUUUUUCUUUGAAGCUAGUGCACUAUGAACUACAUCAGUGCACCAAUUUUUCAAGUCAGAUUCUUUGUAUUAGUGUAGUGCAAUCGUUUAAUGCCUCACCUUGAAUGUUUUUUUGUAACUUUUUU